GCCCUGCCCCGCUCUCGCGAGACCAUGCGCGCACUUCCCAGUAGCUACCGGGGUAGCGACGUCGCCGGCGCCCUUCAUCGCGGUCAGAACAUGGCGUCUGCUACUCGCCUAAUCCAGAAGCUACGGAACUGGACCUCCGGGCAAAAUUUGCAGGCGAAGCUCCAGCUGCGUUACCAGGAGGUCUCCAAGCGAACUCAGCCUCCUCCCAGGCUCCCGGUGGGCCCCAGCCACAAGCUCUCCAACAAUUACUACUGCACUCGUGACGGCCGCCGGGAAUCCAUGCCACCUUCGAUCGUCAUGUCUUCACAGAAGGCACUGGUGUCAGGCAAGCCAGCAGGAAGCUCAGCUGUGGAAGCCACUGAGAAGAAAGCAGUGACACCGGCUCCUCCCAUACAGAGGUGGGAGCUGUCCCAGGACCAGCCUUACCUGUGACACUGUGCUCUGGGCCACCUGGCUGUGCCCUCAGGGCCACCUGAGUGUUGCCCCUCCUUGUCUUUCCUACUGGGAGAAUAUGAGCUAAUUUAUGACAAAUAUAUCGUGAGCUCUGGUAUCACUUCAUUUUUACUUU